AUGGAUGACAUGGAUCAGUCAGCCAACCCUGCCAACCCUUUUUACUUACACCCUAGGAAGAAUCUUGGCCUAACCCUCAUCUCUCAAGUCCUAAGUGAGACUAAUUAUUCUUCUUGGAGCAGAAGCAUGAGAAGAGCCCCCCUUUCCAAGAACAAGAUCAAGUUUAUUGAUGGGUCAAUCAAGAAACCGCAAAGAAGUGAAGCUUUGUUUGAUGCAUGGGAAAGAUGUAACAUGAUGAUGCUCUCAUGGAUUGUAAAGACACUUUCUCCACAUAUUGCAGAAAGUGUGAUAUAUGUUGAAGAAGCCAAAGAAUUAUGGGAUGAGUUAAGGGAAAGAUUUUCUAAAGGCCCAUACCCAGUUGUACCUGUGACAUCCCUUUGCAACUAUGAGCUCUCAAAGAUUUCUCUAAAAUACAGAGAAAUAGAACACAUUAUAUGCUUCUUGAAAGGGCUAAAUGACACCUAUAACACUGUUCUUUUGAUGGAGCCACUGCCCAACAUUAAUCGUGUUUUCUCUCUCAUUAUGCAACAAGAGAGACAGGAAAGAUCGAAUACUGGCACUGUAACCCAGAACCAGUUUGUUGAAACAACAAGAAUUCUGGCCAAUGUCACUGACAAAUACAACACUUGGAAAACUGAUCAGACAUGGAAAAACCAAGGGCGUGGUGCUGGAUCACGUGGUCAGGGAAAAGGCAAAGGAAGGAAUCCUAACUAUGGAAAACAAUGUUCCUACUGCAACAAGAUGAAUCACACUGUGGGUGAGUGCUUUUGCAAGCACGGUUAUCCACCUUGGUACAAAAAGGCUGACAACAAUCAAGAGAAAAGGAGUGAUUGGAAUUCAGCCAAUGCUUGCCAAAGCAAUUAUGGACCAGAGAUUAUUCACCCUGUUCACCAAGGCGAUACCAAUACUGCCUUCAACUCAUUCACACCGGAACAGAUGAAAAAACUUCUUGAAAUGAUAGAGAAAGCUGAUGAACCCACACAUAAGGUCAAUCAGAUGCAGCGGAAUGACAAAGAGGACAAACCAAGUACUCUUUCUUGGAUUAUUGACACUGGGGCCACUGAUCAUGUGAUCCAUGAGAAAGGAAAUUUUGUCACCUUAUAUAAAAUUAAACCCAUUACUGUCAAGCUACCUAAUAACUCUGUUAUUACUGCUGAACAUGUAGGAAUUGUCCAAUUUUCUAAAGAUUUUGUGAUUUUCAAUGUCCUAUAUAUCCCUGAUUUUUCUUUCAAUCUAAUUUCUGUUCAAAGUCUUAGAAAAGAAUUGAACUACAAUAUAACUUUUUCUUCUAAGGUUUGCCAGAUAAGGGAGAAUUCUACAUUGAAGAUGAUUGGGUCAGAUAAUGGACCUAAGUUCAAUUGUGUCAACUUGUAUGAUCUGUAUGGCAUCGACCACCAAACUAGUUGUGUUGAAACUCCUGAACAGAAUUCUGUUGUGGAGCGGUUGCCUUCUCCCAUUCUUAAUAACAGAACCCCCCAUGAUCUAAUCUAUAAUGCCCCUCCCACUUAUUUGAAUUUGAAAACUUUUGGAUGCCUUUGUUUCGCUUCCACUCUUGAAAAUAAUAGGAAUAAGCUUGACCCAAGAGCUACGAAGGGAAUUUUCCUUGAUUACAAGAGUGGUGUCAAGGGCUACAUUGUGCUAGACAUCAACACUAGAGAGCUGUUCGUAAGUAGAAAUGUUGUCUUUUAUGAAGACGUUUUUCCUUGGAAGGGUCAACAAAACAACAUAGAAAUUAAUAACCAAGAAGUUGACAGAACCACCUUUCUCAAUGACCUCCUAGGCAGUUGUGAUCCUAAUGAUGAUGAGAGAUCAGUUGAAGUGGAGACCAAUGGUCAACAGCAGACACAACAAGACACCACCGACAAAAAUAACGUUGACAAUGAAACUGAUAAUAGUGAAGAAGACCAUAGAUACAAUAGAUCUAACAGGGUUAGAAGGCCACCAGGAUAUCUAAAUGACUAUGUUCAUCAGGUUAAUCAAUCCUUAUCUAUGAAAAACAACCUCAAAACCCCUUAUCCCAUUUGUAAUCUGUUGUCUUGUGAUUCUUUGUCAGAAAAACAUUUGAAAUACACUAUGGCUAUCACUGCAAACACUGAACCUCACUCCUUUCCAAAAACAUGUGUGAAUGGGCAGAAGCUAUGCAAAGAGAAAUCAAAGCCUUACAGGACAACAAUACCUGUUAGAUUACUUAUUGCACUUGCAACCUCUAACAACUGGUUUCUACAUCAACUUGAUGUGGAUAAUGCCUUCUUACAUGGGGACCUAAAUGAGGAAGUUUAUAUGGAGCCACCACCUGGUCUUAAUGUUCACAAAAGGGGAUUUUGUGUCUUUCUUGGAUCAUCCCUCAUCUCAUGGAAAUCCAAGAAAAAAAGCAUUGUUUCCAGAUCCUUCACCGAGGCGAAGUAUCGUGCUUUAGCAGCCACUGCAUGCGAGAUACAGUGGAUCCACUACCUCCUACAUGAUCUACAGGUUCAACAAGCUAGAAUUCCAGCUCUCUACUGUGACAACAAAUCGGCUAGACACAUAGAUCAUAAUUAG